AUGCCUUCCAAGGAAACAAGCGUACCCAGUGCUGGUGACCAGAAGUUCUUCGCCGUCCUGUUCAAGUACCUUCCCGCCGGCCUAGAUCUUGACUGGGACGGACUUGCCCAGGAGCUCAAUCUGAAGAACACAAAGAUUGCCAAGACUCGAUUCUCACAGAUCCGACGCAAGUAUCAGCAGGGAGAAGCCGCGGGAAGCUCUCAGCAAGGCAAUGCUUCCAAGGUCACCAAGCCGACUAAGGGCAAGAAGGCCAAGGUUGCCGGCAAGGGCCAAGACGACAAUGAUGGCUACGACGACGAUGAGGAUGUGAAGCCCGCUACUAAGAAGGAGGUCGAAGAUGAUGCCGAGGGUGUGGUUAAGAUCGAGGAUGGUGAUGAUGAGCUUAUUGCUACUUAA